CGGCGGCGGCGAGUCGCGGGUUGCGGCGGCGGUGGCGGCGUCGUUCAGGGCGCACAUGGGGCGCUCGUUCCCUUCUCUCCGAGGCAGCGAGAGAGGCGGCCUUCGAUAAGCUCCGAUAAACAACACCCAGCUAACCAGCGUGUCUCCUUGCCACUGCUGCUGUUGUGUUUGUUACGUAAGGGAACCGGCCGGCUUGGCUUCACAACCACCACCACCGCCAACAACAACCACCACCACCACCACCACCUUCCCCUACGAGGUUUCAAAGCUCUGCGGGGACCUCUUUGCGGGCUCUCUCGCUCGCUCGCUCGCCCCAUCGUUCAUGGCCGUGUCGCGGGGAGACGUCGUCUACCAGAAGGGGCAGAGUGACGAUUCUGACAUUUGGGACGACACAGCGCUCAUCAAGGCGUAUGACAAAGCCGUCACGUCCUUCAAGACGGCGCUCAAAAAUGGCACGGCCACUUGUGAGAGCCCCAAGAUCUGCCGGGAGACGAAGUCUGUGAACAAGCGGGCGAAGACACGGAGACGGCACAAGAGGAACAGCGUGUCGCCCUCCGACAAGUGGAGGCCGGGUGACCUGUGCCAGGCUGUCUGGUCCGAGGACGGCGUAGUCUACGACGCCACCAUCAAGUCGGUGGACGCCGGUGCCGGCACGUGCGUCGUGGUCUUCACGGGCUACGGCAACGAGGAUGAGAUGGAGCUCGCCGAUCUCCUGCCGCCAGCAGCGGAGUCCGCCGGCGGGGAGAGCGACACGGCCGCGAGCUGCGACGCUGACGCGGCGUCCCAGGGCGGCAAGGAAAGCGCCCCCUCCGCCGACGACUACGAGAUGCCAGGCAGACCCAAGGAUGGGCACGGAGCACGGAAGAAGGGGGGGCACAAGCAGAAGCACAGCGUCCCACCGUGGGACUACCCGUCGCCACCCUUAUCCCAUCCUCCCCCCUUCCCUGGCUUUCCACCUUACUCGAACGCGUGGGGAGGAUUCCCACCGCCUCCUCCACAUCUCUCUGCAGCAGCUCUUCCGAUGAUUCCACCUCCCCCUCUGCCUCCGAGCGCCGCCUUCCCGGAUGACGAUGACGAGGCUCUGGGCAGCAUGCUGAUGGCGUGGUACAUGAGUGGAUACCACACCGGAUACUACCAGGGUCUGAAACAGGGAAAGAAGGAUGCGAUGGCCGGGCGGGGCCCACGCUACAAGUAACAGCAAGGGUCAUGGAGCUGGGAUCACGAUAUUUACACAACGUGUGCCCAUGCGUAAAGAGUCUUCAUCUGAAGAAGCUUCAUGCAGUGAAGAAACUUCCCAUUUUCCUUCAAGCUGAGCCAUUGCACCGUCAUGGAACUGCCCUGGGAGAUGACAUCACUGAGCUGCCUUUUGUGUCUUUUCGCUCGAUGGUUUAAUGCCGUUAAUGAGCGGUUCAGAUAUGCCAAUGUUAUAAUUACACACUUUAUUGCUCAGAGGUUGGCUGAAUCCAAUGAAACAAAGCAUCUAUUUCACACACGGGUGUUGUUUUACUGUUCAUUGAUGGCCUAUGCCGAGGUCACGUAUUAUAUAUAUAUUUGAACCUCGUUGACUUGUGGGUUGGCUGUGCCUGUUCAAAAGCAGCAUCGUGGCAGUGCUGGCUCAAGGCUCAGCCGAGCCCAAAAGCCACGGGGGUCCCCCCCCCCCCUCCCGUGGUCCCCCCCCCCCCCCCCGUGGUGCCCCCGUGGUCCCCCCCCCCCCUCUCCUUUAGUCGGGCCGAGUGGUGGUCGAAAUGUCACGUUCCUAUCGUGGGGGAGUUAUUGACGACAUGAGGCAUGUAACAAUUCCUUGAUUCAUUAAAGUGAACUCAUGCGCACAA